AUGGCCAACAAAGUAAACAACGAUCAUUUCAAACUGUCUUCUCUUUUCAAUGUCAAAAAUAAAGGUAAUCCUAUUCUGAGAGGCCUCGUCAAGAAACCCAUUUGUAAGGCUGACACCAAAACAGUGGCAUUGGUGACCGGAGGAGGCUCGGGCAUUGGCCUCAUGGCUACACAAGCCCUCGCAGUCAACGGUGCGAAGGUGUAUAUCGUCGGUCGCACUAAGGAGAAGCUCGAGCGUGUAGCCGAGUUGUAUGGCAAAGACAUCGAGGGUCAAAUCAUUCCAUUGCCGCCAGCCGACGUUUCUACUAAGGAUGGAGUGGCCAAGGUACAUAAGGACUUUGAAGCUCGCGAGAAGCACCUCUCUAUCCUCAUAAACAAUGCCGGAGUAUCGAGUACUUCAAGGGAUAACACUGAGCACCAAGAUCCGCACAAGCUUCGCGAAGCACUCUUUGACCAGGAUGCUCAGACCGCAGAGGACUGGGAAUCGGUGUAUCGAACAAAUGUCUGCCAGCUAUACUUCAUGGCCACAUCAUUUUUGCCCUUGCUCAACAAGGGAACCAAGAUUGAACACGGCUGGUCUAGUACCGUGAUUAAUAUUUCGUCUAUCUCGGGCAUCGUCAAAGUUGCUCAGCAUCACUUCAAUUAUAAUACGUCCAAGGCUGCCGCUAUUCAUUUAACUAAAAUGCUUGCCCAUGAAGUUUCCUCUUCAGGCCUCAAAAUCAGAAUCAAUAGCAUUGCCCCUGGCGUGUUCCCGAGCGAGAUGACGGCGCAGGAGAGCAAUGAGGCCCAGAAGAGCUCUCUGCCCAAGGAACAGUACGAGGGCAAGGUGCCUGCGGGAAGACCUGGAAACGACAGAGACAUGGGAAAUGCAGUGCUUUAUGCGACGACCAACCAAUAUGUUAAUGGGCAAACAAUUGUUGUUGACGGAGGCUAUGUUUUAUCAGCGGGCUCUCUCUAA